CCGACUUGGCACCGCAGGGGUGUUUCUAUUGGAGACGGUUACUCGGUGGGGCCAAGAAGAACCGGGUGAACCUGACCAUAUGUUUCCCGGUGGCCGGAGAGCCGGAGAGCCGCGUUCCCGGGACCGGGGGACGCAAACGUCAUGAAAAGUACCGAUGGGGUUGGCUCGAGAUUUACUACACCCGUCCUUGGAAGAGGAAAAGAAAAAACAUAAAAAGAAACGGCUAGUUCAAAGUCCAAAUUCUUAUUUUAUGGAUGUAAAAUGCCCAGGUUGCUACAAGAUCACCACGGUUUUCAGCCACGCUCAGACGGUGGUUCUUUGCGUAGGUUGUUCAACAGUGUUGUGCCAGCCGACAGGAGGAAAGGCGCGACUCACAGAAGGAUGUUCAUUUAGAAGAAAGCAACACUAAUGAUCCACACAGCUUCCUGAAUUUGGGUUAUAUCACAAAAAGCCUUAUCAGUUUAGUAAUUCUACUUAAUCUACCAGGAUAAUGUAAUUACAUUUAAUUUUGUAAGUAUACAACAGUGAUCUCCUAUUUUGGUGUCAAUUUUUCAAUAAAGUUUUGAUUAUGGGAAAAUUC